GGCGUCCCUCUAUAUAAGGAGUCCAAUCCCCAUUUCUUCCCCUUCGGACUCCACACUAAGACCAGACCAGCCCAGCAUUUUCCAUCGCUAGCUCCCCCACGGUCCUAAACAGAGCAACGCUGCGACCUAAUUGACUUACUACACCUCCCGAAUUUCUCCUAUGUGUAAGGAUUUCCGGCCGCUGCUUUUCUCCCGCUUCUUCUUCUUCUUCCUCCUCCUCCUCUCGGCAUUUCAUCGCGUCUCACAGACUUAGAUUCCGGAGGACUAGUGAUUGGGAAUUUUCACCGAGGACCGGAAUCGAUAGAAAACAGAGAGAGAGAGGAAGAAAUGAAUCGUUUCUUCACUGUAAAGGAAGAGUACCCUGGGGGAUCCGGAAAUCAUUCGCCGGCGGCGAGGAUGUCGUUGACUAUGGUGGCGCCGCAGCCGAUCGAAGGUCUCCACGAGGUCGGGCCGCCGCCGUUCCUGACCAAGACAUUCGAGAUGGUGGACGAUCCGAUCACAAAUCACGUCGUCUCGUGGAGCAGAGGCGGCACCAGCUUCGUGGUCUGGGAUCCUCAUUCCUUCUCCACCAACCUCCUCCCUCGAUUCUUCAAGCACAAUAACUUCUCCAGCUUCGUCCGCCAGCUCAACACUUACGGUUUCCGCAAGAUUGAUCCGGAGCGAUGGGAAUUCGGCAACGAGGAAUUCCUCCAGGGCCACAAGCAUCUGCUGAAGAACAUCCGGCGAAGGAAAGCUCCUCCUAAUUCUCCUUCUCCUCAUCCUUCUUCUUUCCAUUCUCAGACCUUAUCCGUUCCUCCCAAUCAAUUUCACCUUCAUCAUCAUCAAGCAUCGGGGGGCAGCGCCGCCGUCGAGCUCGGCCGGUUCGGUUUCGACGGGGAAAUCGACCGAUUGAAGCGAGACAAACAGGUGCUGACCUUGGAGCUGGUGAAGCUCCGGCAGCAGCAACAGAGCACAAAGGCCUACGUGGCGGAGCUGGAGCAGAGGCUGCAAGGAACCGAGACGAAGCAGCAACAGAUGAUGCAGUUCCUGGCCCGGGCGGUUCGGAACCCGGCCUUCUUGCAUCAGCUGGCGCAGCAGAAGGGGAAGAGGAAAGAGCUGGAGGAAGCCCUGAGCAAGAAGCGGAGGCGGCCGAUUGACCAGGGCCGCGGUAGUAGGACUACCAAUUACGCCCUUGGCGAAUCGAGCAAUCGGCCAGUGAAAACGGAGCCGCUGGAUUACGGAGCAUCGCCGUUUGGAUUGACGGAGCUGGAAGCCCUGGCGCUUGAGAUGCAAGGGUACGGGAAGGGGAUUAGGAAGGAGAGAGAGGAGGAGGAGGAGGAGGAAGUGGAAGAGGACGGUUUCGAAUCUACAUCGGAUCGGGAACUGGAUGAUGGAUUCUGGGAAGAAUUGUUGAGUGAGAGCACCGGCGACGGCGGAGGGGAAGAACAGGAAGACGUCAACACCUUGGCCGAGCGGUUAGGUUACUUGCGCUCAACAAGCCCCAAGUAG